AUGGCAAUCAAGCUGAAGAAAUAUGUUGUAGUUAUAUUUCUAGUACUUGCACUCAUAGUUCAUAAUUCUGCUUUAUCUCCAUCAAAGGAUAAGCUUAAGAAAAACCCAAAAAAAGAUAAGCCUGCUCACGGCAGCAACAAAGCAGACGGUUCAAACCAUGAUGGAGGGUGGAAAUACAAUUGUGAGUGCGACUCAGCUCCUGAUGGAAGUUGGAGUUACCACUGGGGCACAGGCUCGGGGCCUGAUGGAAGCAGUUUCGGCUUUGGGUCAGGCUCAGGGCGAAGCCCUGAUGGCGGGGGUGCGGGAUUUGGCUUUGGUUUUGGCAGCUCAACUGGUUCUGGCGGUGGAAGCUCCGAGUCAUAUGGAGGUGGCACCGGUUAUGGAUUUGGAAGCGGUGAUGGCGUUGGCAGCAAUUCUGGUAAUAAGGCUACAGGGAAUAACAUGUUCAUACCUGGUGUUCAAGGUACCCCUAAGGCUCUUGACGUUGAAAAUGAUUCGGAAAAGAACUCCUGA